GCGGCGAUGCGGCAUCGGCCGUGAUUACAGUGCCUGAUCGAAACAGGCAGGGUGGCGUGGCGGGCGACGCGCCUUCGCGUGCUGAGUGGCGCGCGAUCAACGACGAGAUGUACGACAUCAACUUGCGCAAGGGCCGGCCGGCCGGCGUUGAGGUCGCGGACGAGGCUGGAAGGUGGCGGGCGCUCGGCAGGCACCGACGAAGUGUCGGGGGGGACCAGGCAGGACUAGGCGACCCUCAUGCCCCUCAUGACCGCCAGGGGGAGCGCAGGGAGGAGGGGCCCGACGACGGCACGCCCGGCACGCCCGGCACGGACACACACCAGAAAGGCUCAGAAGGUGCCGAGCAGGACGAGCUGGAGGUGGCGGAGACCGCCAAGGAGAACCAUUUGGGGGAGGGGUUGUCGGGCGAGGCCGAAGACGACGGCCUGAGCAACGCGACGCACGUGCAUCGGCCGCACCUCGGGCCACACGUCCACGGCCACGACGGCAAGGCUGGUUGCUACGGCUACCGCUACCCCGUCGUCAUCUACGUGACCACCACCACCGAGAGCAGCGACGACGGACAGAGCGAGCAGCUUCGCAGCAGGCGGCCAGCCCGGUCAAGGAUGCGGAUGCGCGGCAGGCGAGCCGCUGCGGAACGCCUGGGCCUCGGCCUGGCCAGUACGUCGCCUUCCUCGGCAGCAGUCGAUCAGGAUCAGGGCGACCGUGACGGGGAGGCCGCGGUGCAGGGCGGGCAGCUAGCCGCGGCCAACCCGCUGUACAAGUCCAUCACCGACGUAGAGUUCAACGACCUGGACCACGCCAAGCUGGAGGCCUUGCUGGACGACGACGGCACGGCGCGCGUGCGGCGCGACACGGCCCCCGACGUCGAGGACGUCGAUGUGGAGGCCGUGACGAAGAGCAGCAUCCUGGACUACUCGAUCCGCGACCUAGUCAAGCGUUGCGUGGACUCUAUCGUGGGUGUUGCGCGAGGUGGGGGUGGUGGAGGCAACGGCGCCGGCGUCACCAUCGCCAAGGAGGGCAUCAGCCUCGGCAGGACCGCCAUCGACGGAGGCGUGCAGGUGGCGAAGAUGAUCGUGCAGGCCUUCCGGGACCUCGGAACGACUUCCAGCCUCGUCGGCGACGUGCAGCCCCUGGACAGUGUCGUCCUGGACGAUGGCGCGAGCCGUCAGCGGCGGGACGCCAUCACCAACAUCAAGAAGAACCUGAAGACCAAGGGCGAGGUCCUCAUGUCGCGCGGCAACGACGUCGGGGAGAAGAUAAACGACCGCAUGGACAACAUGUUCGGCGAGAGCAAGCUGUACCAGAAGGUCAAGGAGAUGAUCAUGACGGCCAUGGGGAAGGCCGUGCAGACCGCCGCGUCGGCGGCCACCAGUUCCAGCAGGCGGCGUCGCGACACCGCUGGGGCCGUCGAGCCCGCCCAGGGCGAGGCGCCGGGCAUCCCGCGGGGCACCCCGCGGCCCAGGAAGGGCAAGGAGGCCAUCCUGGCGCGCGUCCUGGCCGACCUGGACAACAUCCCCGGCAGGCGCAUUGCCAAGCUGGUGGUCAGCAAAGCCAGCAAACGCGAGGACGUCCAGGACGGCGACGAGGAACGUGCCAGGCCCGAGGACGCAGAGGGAGAGGCGGCGGACAUGCUGAUGUCGAAACGGUCUCGGCGCGCCACUCCGACCACGACGACGGAGGCGUCAUCCGAGGAGGACGACGACGAAGAGACCAGCACGGACGACAACGCGACCCGCGAGGUAGACGAACGGCCGGCGCUGUCCACGGAAGCGCCCAAGAGGGACAUCGGCGCGGAGCUGGGAGUGAGGAGGCGCCGCGACGCCGUGCUCGUCAAGAGGGACGUCGCGGAGGACGUGCGCAAUAUCACGGACCGGAUCGUGCAGAGAGGCAAAGAAAUGGUGGCCAAGGUGAAGCAGGCCAUCGACGAGGUGGUGAAAAAGAUCCAGGCGGGCAGGGCCCAGACGCCUGGCGCUGCGGGCGCUGCGGGCGCUGCGGGCGGUGCUGGCGCAGCACCGGAAGCUCAGGGAAAGGCAAGCAUGCCGACUGACAUGACUGCACCCGUGCCGCAGACUCCGCAGACGGCACCCGAAGCAGCCGGGACGACCGUGGAUAAACCUGAGCCCGAAAUGCCUUCAGACAACGCCUCCAUGGAGGACGUCGAGGAGAAACCUGCCGCCAGACGCCGAAGGGACACCGCCGCCCUGCGCCUCGGCCUUGGCCGCGUGCAGUGGCUGCUGGGGAUGCCGAACAAGGUGCUUCCGAACAAGGGAGGCAGCGACGUCGCGCCCCUCGCCACAUUCGGCCCCGAUGGAAAGUAUGUGCCAAUCGAAGAGCCUUCGGAGGAAGACGAUUCGAGCGCGGAGGAAACUUCGACGGAAGACCCGAAGUACACGCCCAGUGGGAGUCUCAACUUCGUCGAGUAGGAAGGCCCAGGCAGGUCCCACCGAGGCGCCCACCGAGGGCAGGGCGGUGCCUUCGAAAGCGGCACGCCGCGGAGGCUACCCCUGCGACGAACCUGUUGUCUGGAAAAAUUGGAACAGAUAAAAGCAAAGCCAGAAAAUAAAACGAUAAUAAAAAUAAA